AUGUGCGAGCUGGAAGAUGUCUUGUUGAAGACCCCAGAGAUUGAUGAGGCAUUCAGGCUGUGGAUUACCUGUGAGAUCACUCUCAGGUUCCCCAUUGGCUUGUUGCAGAUUGCUAUCAAGGUCACUUUGGAGCCGCCCGCAGGGUUGAAGGCUGGUCUCUACCGCACCUACAGCACCAUGGUCUCACAGGAGCUGUUGGACAAGAUCGAUUUGCCGCAGUGGAGAACACUAGUCUUUGUACAGGCCUUCUUGCACAGUAUCGUGCAGGAGAGGCGAAAGUUUGGUCCAAUUGGCUGGUGCAUUCCCUACGAGUACAACAACUCGGAUCUGGAUGCAUGUUUGCUCUUCUUGGAAAAGCAUGUGUCCACCACCAUCGUGGCGGGACAACCAAUCUCUUGGGUCACUGUUCAGUACAUGGUGGCGGAGGCUCAGUACGGUGGUCGCAUCACAGACGACCUGGACAGAGAGCUCUUCAACACCUAUGCGGCCAAAUGGUUCUGUGACGAUAUUUGGAAGCCAUCCUUCACCUUCAACAACUACCAGUCUGACUACAACUACAAGAUUCCCGAAGGCUUGGACAUCGCACAGUACAAGGAAGCUAUUGAUACGAUCCCAUCAGUGGAUUCUCCAUUGAUCUUCGGUCUGCACAACAACGCCGAUCUGACAUACCGAAUGAAGGAGGCUUCUGAGAUGAUCACGACCAUCAUUGAGACUCAGCCAAAAGACUCUGGAGGCUCAGGAGGCAAAUCCACAGAUGAGAUCGUCAAGGAUUUGUGCUUGGACUACCUAGCAAAGAUGCCGCCGGAUUUCGUUGAGGAGAUCUUCCGUGCGCAGAUCCAGAAGUUGGCAGGACCCAAAGACAAGGGGGUCGUCAUUGACAAGGGCUUCGGGGCUCCUCUGAACAUCUUCUUGUUCCAGGAGUUGCAGCGUUUGCAGAACAUCAUUAGCAUUGUGCGUACCAAUCUGAAGAAUGUGGCUGCAGCCAUUGACGGCACUGUGGUGAUGACGACCGAGCUCAUGGAAGACUUGGGAUUCCUCUUUGAUGCUCGAGUGCCGCGAGGUUGGACCAACGAUCCCAGUGGAGCGGAGAUUUCGUGGCUGAUGCCCAACUUGGGAGGUUGGUUUACCGGUCUCACGGAGCGACAACAGAUGCUGAACACCUGGUUGGAACAGGGGCGAGAAAAGAUGAAGGCCUUUUGGAUCACCGGCUUCACCAACGCCCAAGGAUUUUUGACGGGAAUGCGCCAGGAGGUGACGCGACAGCACAAGAAGGAUCAGUGGGCCCUGGACGAUGUCAUUUCGCACACGGACGUGCUGGCGAAAGACUUGGAGCGACUGGGAGACAACACUGGACCUCCGGAAGAGGGACAGAACAUCUGGGGCCUGUUCAUCGAAGGUGGUCGCUGGAACAGACAGGACAGCCGCAUUGAAGAAUCUGAGCCGAAGAAGCUCUUUACCACAAUGCCAGUGAUCUAUGUCACGGCCAUCAACAUGAAAGACCUCAAGGGUAUGGGCCUGAACUACGGCCCACAUGGACCCUACAACACGGCGGUCUACAAGUAUCCCAAGAGAAAUGAUCGUUACCUGAUCUUCCGAAUGUUGCUCCGGACUGAGUUGCAUCCGUUCCAUUGGUUAGACGGCCUGCAGAGUCUGAAAUCUCGCGGAACACCUUGGGUGGCGGACGAGAGACCAAAAACAGAUGAGGUGAACAUGCCCUUUUUCCCCCUUUGUGAGGGCUGCAUCCAGCGGAGAACCGUGGAGCAACCGUCGCUUCUGUCCGUGCGGCGUAGCGCCACUGCGCUGCAACGUAUGAUGGUCCAGGACGAGGCAUGGGCUUCAUGCCUUGCCAAGCACCUGACAACGUUGGAAAAGCAACCGCUGACUGAGGAAGAGAGCCGUUCGUUGAGCACUGUGGUGGACGCCUUUGUCGCGCUUCAAGGACAGCUCUCCGAAGAAGCACGGACAGCCGCCUGGCUGGGCAUCUGCCGGGCAGCCAGCUGCUGCUCUGGAGCUGCUGGGACGCUGGCCUUGGCGCGGCACCUGGUUGCGCCAGAGAUGCCUUCAGAUCCCAUCGUCACAGAGGCCUUUGAGGCGACGCUGAAGAGAGCUGCGCUGGCUGAACUCGAAGUAGCUGAGGUGGCUCUUCUCCUGAAUGCGGCGGCACGAGCCCCCCGCAGGGAGGCAGCUGAACUUUCCCCAGAGGCAUCGCUGGUUUUGAUGACCUUGGCAUCAAGGAUGGCGGAACAUUUACGGCGCGACGAGGAUGAAGCUCUGGACUACUCAGAGGAAGAGCCUGCUCCACGCACCGUGCAGCGAGGGCGAGGCUUUCGAGGAUCUUCGAAAGCGGUCCCACAUGAUGAUGAGGUGCUGGCAGUUCUUUUUCUGGGCAGGACCUUUUCUGCAGGAGGACAGCCAUCGGAAGGGAAGAAGAAAGGCUACCAAUUUGGUGAUUUAUUCAUCAACAAGCUCACUGGAAAAGAGAGCUACGAAUUUGGAGAUCUUUCCAAAUUCAUUGGAGGAAAAGUGCAAGAAGCCGUCGGAAAUUUCACAGGAAAGGACAGCUAUGAGUUUGGAGACAUCACAAAAACUCUGGAUGCCAAGGCCAAGGCUGAAGUAUGCAAGGUCACAGGAAAAGAUGUCUAUGAGCUGGGCGAUAUUUCCAAAUUUCUGGAUGGUCAAGCAAAAUCGCAGGUGGCUAAAUUGAUUGGCAAAGAUUCGUAUGAAUUCGGAGACAUCUCAAGGGAGAUUGCCAGGAGAGCCAAGGAGGUUGAUGUAGAUGAGGAGGACCUGUUGCUGCUGCUGCGCGCGGUGAUCACAAUGGGAGUUGGCUUGACUCCUGUAGCCCAUUUGCUGCCCAUGCAGGUGCUCCUCAACUUGUACGGCAGCAGCGUGGAGCUGGAACUAGGGCAGCGCGUCUCGGCGCGGCUGGCGGCACAGUUGGCCAAGGAGUUGGACCGGCGGAGCAAGGAAGCGCUGCUGGGGAAAGGCAACGAGGACUACGUCCUGGGGGACUUGACCCGCAAGCAGUUGCAACAAAGCCUGCGCAGCAUCACGGGGAAGGAGAACUAUGAGUUUGGUGAUAUCAGUCGAUCUCUGCUCAGCUGCUCGAUGAGGUUCAGUCAUGAAACCGGCCAUGGUCAAAUCAAGGUCGCCUUCAGAAGGGAUCUUGAUGCCAUAGCUAUGGCAGCUGAGAGCUCCAGCAAAGUCCCGAGGUUGAGUGCAGGGCGCACAUCCUCUGUGGAUGUGUGGCUGACUUGUGCCUUCGAUCAACGGGAACAUGGAAAGGCAUGCUUUUCGCAUGCGGAGAACACUCCAAGUGACCGACGCUGUUCCCAUGGAUCCAUGACUGAUUGCUUCCGCAACAACCUGCAACGGGAACUUUAUGACCUGACCUGCACAGUGAACUCUUCAGUCCCGGGCAUGCACAGUCACGAAGGCUUGCAAGAGCCAUUUGUGCUGCAGCAGUUAUCUGCCCCGCAGCCAAUGCCUCCAGCGGAGAGAAGGGGUGGCAGCUGCACAGGCAGCGAGAGGAGCCUGACCCCACCACCAGCAUCACCGGCUCCAGCUCUUGCCGAGCUGGGCUACCGACCUGGAGCAUCCAGGCUCUCCCCAGAUGCUGGAGGUCGACCUCUACAGGUGCCUCAAUUGCCUCUGCGGCCGGUGCCCGAAUUGCCGACACCCGUGGAACAGUGGCGUGCACCCAUGGAGUCCCAAUUUGAUGUGCCUUCUCGGCCUUUGCCAUCUCCGCCCGAGGUUGGAAAGCCAUUGAAGCACUGGGAUAUUUCUGCUAUGGCAGGACCAGAGCGCUUACCAAGCCCCAAGACGAGCCAGGUGGAUUUGCCGAGACCCACCACGCAGCCUCCGAUGGGUGAUCUUCGUCCAACGGAUGGCCGCGGUGGUUCCCGAAGCAUUGCUCCAGUUGGGGUUGAGGCAGAACUAGUGGACCAGCUGCUCCACCGUUUCGUUCUUGAGCACAAGGCCCCUACGCUCCAAAGACGAGAAAGGGCCGCCUACAAGGAGAUGUUGGAGCAAGUUUCAUGGACUGCUCUGGAGCCCAAAGCCGCCAAUGAUGCGGCUUUACUGCUUGGUAAACAUUUCCUCGCGCCCGUCAGCGCGAAUGAGGCACUCCGUGCCUUCCGUCGCUGUUUGCACAGCAUUCUUUGCGACGAAAGGGUCUUGGACAUCGUGGAGCAUCAGAUGACCUUGCACUUUAGUCGUCUGAAGCCGAAAAAUGCCAGCGGCAGUCCUCGCGAUGCAGCCAAUGCUUUGGACGCCCUGGGGCGCCUGAGUGUAGAGAACGACGAACUUUUCGAGGCCUUUGCGGAGUAUUUGCCAAAUCACUUGGACCAGUUUGGUCCCAAAGAUGUGGUUGGCGCUUGCACCGCUCUUGGACGUCUCAAGGAGCGCGAUGAAGCCUCCCUGUUGGCCAUCGCUGGGUUGGUGUCCAUGGACAUCCGACAUUAUUCCGUGCGUGUCCUGGUCGAAAAGUGGUCUACUGUAGCCGGUGAGGUCCUAGAUCCUGCAGAUUUUGCCGGGGAGGACCUGUCAGCAGAACAGGUGCUAGAUAUGGCUUUGAGCAAGAUGGACCCCAAGAAGAAGCAGGGCUACAUUGACCAAUUGAAGAAAUCUACGACUUGCUCAGCUCCUGUUCCAGCUCCUGUGGCGACCCGGACCACGACGGAAGUGGCAAAGUCUGAAGAUGAACUUCUGGCGAAGAUCAAGGCUGAAGGGCGCAAGGCCACCGCCGAGGAAAUUGAGGAACUUCUAGCACGACGUCGUCAGCGUUGGCGAGACACGGCCCCCGGGUCGCGGCUUUCGCGCCCGGUCUGCGCUGGCUGCAAAGGCGAAGGACCACGUCCGUAUCAGUGUGGCAGUUGCAAGUCGGUGCGCUACUGCUCCCCCGAGUGCCAGAAGGGUCACUGGAAGGCGCACAAGAAGAAGUGCCGAAAAAGACUUUCCGUCCAGAUCUGUGUGCUGUCGGAUUUUGCCUGA